GUCCUCCCGCGGUUCGCUGCUCGCCGUCUCUCCGCCUGCUCGCCCGGCCCCCGACGGCAAUUCGUGCUGCGCCACAGCCAUGGCGGCGCUGACGGUGAAAGCCUACCUGCUGGGCAAGGAGGAGGCGGCCCGCGAGAUCCGCCGCUUCUCCCUGCCGCCGCCCGCCCGCUACCAGCUCAUCCACGACCGCGUCGCCGAGCUCUUCCAGGGGCUGCUGCGGGCCGGGCCGCCGGCCGCCUUCCGCAUGCACUACAAGGAUGAAGACGGAGAUCUGAUAGCGUUUUCCACGGACGAGGAGCUGGAGAUGGCGCUGCCAUACGUGCAGGAUGGCGUCUUUCGUGUCUACGUCAAAGAGAAAAAGGAGUGCCGGCGAGAGCACCGCUCGCAGUGCAGCCAGGAGCCUCCCCGUGACAUGGUGCACCCCAAUGUGAUCUGUGAUGGCUGUGAAGGACCUGUGGUAGGAGCCAGGUUCAAGUGCACCGUGUGCCCAGACUACGACCUGUGCAGCUCCUGUGAGGGGAAAGGCAUCCACAAGGAGCACAACAUGGUGAUGUUUCAAAGCCCGCUGCUAAAUCCGUUUCAGUGGUUUCCCCGAGGACGCUGGCUCCGUAAAAUGCGCCACGGUGUCCCACCCUUCCCGUGGAUGCACUGCUGGGGAUAUCCUGGCCCUGCAGCUCCCUGCCAAAACUCCGAACAAGCCCAAGCCAGCGCUGCGCCCUCCGACCCACCCACUGCGGAAGAAGCUUCUACUAACAGCCAGCCUCAGGACCCCAAUGUCACCUUCUUAAAGAAUGUUGGGGAGAGUGUUGCAGCUUUUCUGAGCCCCCUGGGUAUUGAAGUUGAUAUUGAUGUGGAGCAUGGAGGACAGAGAAGCAAAGUGACUCCUGCUGCUCCCAAUCAAGAGAAGAGCACUGCUGAGUCAACCAGUAGUACUCUUAACCAGCAUGUCCAGACCAAACCAGACUGGAAUAGCGCAGAUGCUGUGACAGAAGUAACUGGUGUUGCUGAGCAGAUACAAGACAUGGUGAUAGAUUCUGUGCCUACACAAAUGGAAGAAGACAGCUUCCAGUCCCAGGAACGCAGUGAGUCCAGCACUUCAUCAGGGGGUGAUGAGGACUGGACCCACCUAUCUUCCAAAGAAGUGGAUCCUUCCACAGGUGAACUCCAGUCUCUGCAAAUGCCAGACACAGAAGGUCCCAACUCCCUGGACGUAUCCCAGGACUCUCCCCAGACGGGACCUACAGGACUGCGAGAAGCUGCACUCUACCCACAUCUCCCACCAGAAGCAGACCCUCGCCUCAUUGAAUCCCUGUCCCAGAUGCUCUCCAUGGGCUUCUCUGAUGAGGGUGGCUGGCUCACUCGCCUGCUGCAGACAAAGAACUGCGACAUCGGGGCAGCGCUAGAUGCCAUCCAGUAUUCCAAGCAGCCACCUCGCUUGUAGUCUUCUUGUAACAAGAGCACUUUCCUUACAGCUGAACUCAGACAAUACAGCACUACUCACUUUUGUUCAUCUUCCUGCUAAGGGUUUCUGUCUCAUGUUCCUAAGUGCUUGUAGAAUGGAGUAAUAAUAAACAUUUCUUCCCCUUGAA